AUGUCCGACAACGAGAGCACGGCUCCCGAUACGGGAUUCCAAGCGCCGGUACCUGAAUUGGAUGACCACCGCCUUCCGUCAAUCUCCACUCAGAGAGUAGAGCGACCGCGUAGAGGCACAUUCGACAGCCUCUAUGGAUCUCGGCAGGCUGAACAGGAGCCGGACACGCCGGCCAUAGUUGUUCGUGACUUUGAAGAGGCCGUUAUCGACGAAGACGGCGCCGACCUCAUGGCAGGGAACCGCCAUGGACGACGUCUAACCGCCGACUCUAGCGAAAGCCGCUCUCUCUCCCCGCCAAACUCUGUCAAAGCAUUCGCUCAGGCUAGACGCAGGGAACGGGAAAUGUCCUUCUCAGACCAAAAAGGAGAUUACGAAGAAAUGCUUGGGAUUGGGCGAGCUCUUUCCAUAUCUAGUCGCCGAAGCCAUCGUAGCAGAUCUCGACCCGUUGAAGCUGACGCUGUGAGCCUCGGAACCAACACUGCCGAAGAAAAUGCGUGCGUCCCAGAAAAUGGCCACCACAGGCAGCACCAGCUUCGAAUUGACUUUGACUAUCUCGAAGAGUUCAUUGAAUCAGAGCGACUCGCCCACGAGGCCAACCGCAAGGCGUCGGUCGCAUCUGUCUUUAAUGAUCUUCGCACGGAGGCUGGUGCACCGCAAAAAGUCCAACUUGCCACAUCUGAUGGUGACAUUAUUGACAUGCCAUCUGAUGGAUCUUCGUCAGCGCCGGAGCAGCCUGCCAAAGAGUCUGCUUCUCCACCGAGGGGUCCGCAGUAUGCUUUUGAUAACAACCGUUUCAGCUUCUUCUCCUCGGCGUGGGAAUCGACUAUCCAUGCCGCUGAAUUCGGUGAUCUUGUCCUUCCCGGUGAAGAUAUGCGUGGUCUAUUCGAGCUUCCGAAAGACGAAAGCGAUGGCGUUUGGUGGCUUAACAUCAACCGUGCAACGAAGGAAGAAGUUCUGAGCAUUUGCAAGGCUUUUGGUGUUCAUCCUCUUACCGUCGAAGACAUUGUCACCCAAGAAGCCCGAGAGAAGAUUGAGUUGUUCCCCUCUUACUAUUUCGCUUGUUUCCGAUCCUUCAACAUGGUCGAGGAACAAGAUGGUAUCGAGUAUGAGCCCUUCAACAUUUACACUCUGGUCUUUCGAGAGGGCACUCUGAGCUUCAGUUUUGCGCCCAACUCACAUGCAUCGCACGUGCGACGGAGAAUCACUGCGCUCAAAGACUACGUAGCCCUCAGCAGCGACUGGAUCUGCUACGCAUUGAUUGAUGACAUUGUCGACUGCUUUGCUCCCGUCAUCAACCAGAUCGAGACCGAAGCAGACGCUAUCGAGGAUGAGGUCUUUAUCAUGCGACACGACGAUUCGAGUACAUUCCUUCGCUCAAUCGGACGCGUGCGCAAAAACUGCAUGGCUUUGCUGCGCCUUCUUGGCGGCAAGGCAGAUGUUCUUCGCGGCUUUACUAAACGAUGCAACGAGAACUACCAGGUCACGCCUCACAUGGACAUUGGAAUGUAUCUCGGUGACAUUCAAGAUCACGUUGUGACCAUGGCAAACAAUUUGGGUCACUGCGAAAAGCUUCUCUCACGCGCGCACAGCAAUUAUCUCGCCACCUUAUCCAUCAACAAUAUCUCACAGGGUACCGACACCAACCGUGUCCUCAGCAAGAUCACCUUCCUUGCCUCUGUCCUGGUGCCACUAAACUUGGUGAGCGGUAUGUUUGGUAUGAACGUGAGGAUCCCUUUUCAGAACGACAAGGUCGAUUCUCUUGGUCCUUUCUUCGGUAUUUUGAGCUUUAUGAUUGUACUUUGCUCGCUCAUUCUGGGGUGGGCUCGUUGGAAGCGAUACAUCUAG